GCCGACGCUUUCACAGCUAAAGAAGUAUCGAAAUCCUUACGGACGUUGGAGGGUUAUAUUUACCCAAAACUUAAUUUCAAAUGGGCCCCGUCGCCUAGCGUUUACUCCCCCAGCCUCGCCGACUGAGUUGAAUUGGGUGCUUCUGAACAUCAAGCACGUCCGAAAGGUUUCCAUCAAGCACAGUGAACAGCGACCAAAGACCUAAGAAUGGCAGCUAUUCCAGCAGGCGGUUCUCUUGUGGCAACCACUGACUACUACCGAAGGCGCAUCGGCUCUACAUCCAGCAGCAGCUCUUGUGGCAGUUCGGAGUACAGUGGAGAGGUCAUUCCUCACCACCCAGGUCUCCCCAAGCAGGAUUCUGGCCAUUGGUGGUCCAGUUUCUUCUUUGGGAAGCAGCCAGGGAUGACCCCAGUGACUGAGGAGGCACAGCUGAAGGCAGGGGCUUCAGGUGUUGUGACCAAUGGUCAGAUCACCUGCGUUGCCAGGGAGAUGGUGGUGCAACGCCAGGUGAGUGAGACCAGUGAUGCAGGAAGCCCCACCUCUUCCUGAUCCUGCAGUCUCACCUCUGAUCUACACCACACCUCGGGGACGGCGGCCCGGGGCAUUAAAGCCAA